AUGUCCACUUUUGCGACAACUGAUUCGAAACUUAAUGACAAAAAGAAAAGAAGAAAGUUAUUUAAGAUACCCAAGUUUUUGAAGUCCAUCGGAAAGAGAGAUACAGCAUCCAAUUCGCCUAAAGUGUUAAAUUCGACAAUGACUGAAAUGUCCCAUCCUGAGACAAUUGAGUCUCUUCGUAAGUAUGAAACAGAACCGGGGCAAGCGCAAAAAUUUCUGGAUCGUGUGGGACAUGAUUUCAGGUGGCCCGCUUCGAUAGAUGAUCCGAACAGAGCUAUGGUUUUCUUUUUCUUGGCUGACGAGGAAUCUGCCUUGGAAUUUGAUGAUGAAACGGGAUUCAAUCUCAUCUUCUUUUAUGAUAAUAUCGAUAAGGGAUCAUUUGAUGGGCACAAAGACGAAUGGGUAUUGGUGUAUAAACAGCAAGUGAAGAAAUAUGGGCCGGAAUAUACGAACAAGGAACUGAUGGAUCUCGAUGAAGAAAUGCCUGGAGCAAUAUAUUUACCGGUUGAUAAAUCGCGUCGUGAUGAUCUUGUAAAGUCUCCAUCAGCAAGAACAGUGUCUGCUCGACAUGUUAAUCAAGAACACCUGCUUAGGAUUCGAAUUAGACAAUCAGGAACAACUAAUUAUGCCAUACUCGAGUAUAAUUUUAAUGAUCCUGCUGAAGGAAAUAAAUUGUAUAAAACUGUUAUGGAUUCAGGUGCACCAGAAACGACCCUUCCCUUGAAAGCUGUCGGAUAUGGAUACCCUGCUAAUGUUAUAUAUGCAUCAACAACAUUUGAAGUUUCCAUUGGAGACAAUAAUGGAUGGAGUAAGUGGGUAGGUAUAGAUAAUCUUAGAGUUUGGCAAGCAAAACCUGGAAAUCAAGUUGACUGUUCUCUAAUUGGAACUGAUGUCCUUGGUCAAUUUUUCUUCGUACAUUUGCCAAAUCAAGGAUUUAAAUUUUUAGACGAAACAGAUGAGGCUAGAUUAACUAAUCUCGUAAAUUCCCUUCCCUGA